AUGCAUUUUGGAGUUUCAACUCACUCAGCCCCACGGUGUCUUCCUCCUCUUGAGGAAACAAAGGGAAAGAAAAGAGUGAUGAACGACCUCUCCAAUGCAGCUGUAAGAGAGCAGCAAAGUAGCUACAGUUGCAAACCCAUACCAAGCUUAGCUCUUUACAUUCUCGUACCUCUUUUCUUCAUUGGUCUGUCUGUCUCCACCUUCAUUCUUGUCGUGGUCCACAACGCUGCUUUUCUUCUCUCUUUCCUCUUUCUCUCUGCUUUGGUUGCUUCUUUCUUGGCUUGGAAUGCUGUUAACUGGAGGCAUCAUAACAAAGCUGCUUUUGGUUUUUUCCUGAACUCUUUCCCUGAUUCUGAUCUUCGACUUGCACGUCAAGGACAGCUUGUUAAGAUCACUGGGGUAGCAUCAUGUGGAAGUCAGUCUCUGGAAACUUCAUAUGAAAGAGUUGCCAGAUGUAUCUAUGCAUCCACUCUUUUGUAUGAAUAUGGACAGUUUGGUCUGAAGCCGGUUAACGUUAAUAGAUCUUGCUUUCAGUGGAACCUAGCAUACUGUGAGAGGUUUUCUACAGACUUCUAUAUAACUGAUCAGAAGUCUGGUGUCAGAGCUGUUGUAAAAGCUGGUUCUGGUUGUGAAGUUAUCCCCUUGAUCAUUGAGAGCAAACUUGUCAAUACUACAAGACAAUGCAGAACUCUAUCUCCUCACUUGAGCAAUUGGUUAAGAGAGAAAAACCUUUCUGCAGAAGCCCGUCUACUACGCCUGGAAGAAGGGUAUUUACAGGAAGGCAGCACUGUCACUGUAAUAGGAAUGUUGCACAAAAGUAAUGAUACUCUAAUGAUUGUUCAGCCACCAGAGAUCAUCUCUACAGGAUGCUUAUGGCGAAGGUUGCUUCUUCCAGUUGAUGUUGAUGGGCUGAUCCUGGGGAUACCAGAUACUAAACCUACACUUGACCUGACUUGCAUUCAACACCGAGAACAUUAGCAUCUGACAUAUUUGUAAGAAUAUAUUUACGUUAAGCCUAGGAGAUCUUGGAUGAUGAAGCUAAUUUCUUGUGAAAAUGUUUCUUUCAAUUGUAACAUAAACUGUCUGGUAAAAAGGUCCUAAUUCCAUCCUAUUUUAUAUAA